GAGAAGGAAAAAAAUAGAUAGUGAAGCCUCUCGGCUUCGCAAAUAAUUUGGUUAAAUCGGAUUUUUCGACGUUCAGAAUGUCUAAUCAGUAAUCGCCUCGAGGGCGCCGCCGUUGACCGUCGGUGAUUCCGUUCUAUAUAGAUCGGAGCUACCCUCAUUCCGUCUCUUAUCGUCAGUCUAUGACACGAUUUCCGUAAGGUUCUAUUCCGUGAAAGUAUAUUUCCAACUUGUUUCGAGCAAAUACGGGAAAGUCAGAAAAUUCUAACGGAUUAAAUAUAAUUAAAUAUACCGAUACAAUAGAAGGGUGGUUUUCACUUUUGGAAACUAUUUAAAGGCCACCGACAAAUCAACCGUGGCCAGUCAUUAUCAGACCGUAAUACAAAUACGGCGACGCGUCGAAGUCUUAUUAUUUAUUUUAUUAUUUAUUUAACUCGGUAGAUGUAUUAGUAUUUAUUUUAUUAUUCGUAACGCGCGAAAAGUCGAUUUGUUUUUUUUUUUUUUUCUUUGUUAAUUUCCUCUACAAAGUGCGCGGGGUGUUUUUCGAUCGACAAUAUGAGGAACAAGAUUUUGUGGCUUUCCAUUCUUGGCCUGGCUUUGGCCAGACCGCCGAACGGCGCCGAUUCGAAUAUCGGCGAACAACAAAAGGCGAGAAGUUCGCGGAGCAUAUGGCCUUUUACUUCGUCGGCAACGACAACGGAAGCCCCGAUAACGUACCCGCCACCGUUACCGGACGAUAACAAAUGGUUCGUUCAGGGUGACACUCCACUGCCCGAGGGUAUCGAUUUGAACAAAUACCCGGUGUGGAAAGUACACAAGUACCACGGUAUAGAUCUACAUCCGGUCGAACUUCAUCCAGAAAACGUUUAUCCUCCAGAGCAAACUGUUCUCGAAACUGGAUACACUUCGGGCUCCAGUUCCUCUUCGGAUUUCAAUAGGAACUCGUUCCAAAAUGGAUACCAAGACUUCCAAGCCUCCAGGGGCCAGUCCGACCUGCAUGUACCGGCGGUACACGGAACCUACUCAACCGGAUAUCCACCCGCCGGCUAUCCUCCUCCGGUCCCGACGUACCCUGCAGCCGAACAGGAAACCUAUCAAAGCGGGGAAUUCCACAGUUCCAGCUUCAUACCCGGCAAUAAUCAGUACAACGUUCAAACGCAACAAAAACACGAAGUCUACGCUCCACCCCAACCACUGAAACAAACGACGGUUCCAGUUGUUCCGCAACAACCGCAAAUACCCCACGUCACGUACGGAGUACCCGACGGAUAUUAUUCGAACGUCCAAUUUCAGGGACAAAGCCAGAUGGGAAAUAGACAGGCGAUUGGUGCUGAUAACGAACAACAGAUUUUAGAACAAUCCGCCGCUGAAGAUACAGACAAUCCCGAUUUGAGUUUCCUCGACAAUCUCGGUGGACUCGGAACUUUCUUACCCGACGCCCCUCAGGGACUCCAAAGUCAACUGAACAAUCCGCAGGCGUUCGGUGUUAACAAUAAUCAGCAAAUUUCAAGAAAGCAAUCGCAAUCCGUUGCUGGAGAUUCCGAGAACCCCGACUUGAGCUUUUUGGACAAUCUCGGAGGACUCGGAGCUUUCUUACCGGAAGCCGCGACGGAAAACGGAAGUCCCAGGGAGCAACAGGCGACCGACAACGAAAAUUCGAAUCAAGGAUUCUUCGGGAGUUUGUUCUCACGAUUCCGUGGAACGACCGAAACCCCGGCUGUAGUAAGUCCGACGAACGAGGCAUCGGAUAAUUCCGGAGGAUUCUUCUCCUCAGUUUUUGGCAUCGGAUCGAAAACUCCCAAGCCUGACGUCGAGUCUACCGAGUCGUCGGGCGGCAGUUUUUCGUCACUGUUCAAUCAAGCGGAAACUGAAAGACCCGCCGUUGUUCUACCGACAACUUAUUACCUCCCUAAAACCAGAGGUUCUUACAUCGCGCUCAAACUUCCCGCAAGUUCUGUUCCAGGUUUCACCCCAAACCUAGGACCGUUCGACGACGUUGCUAACAUCGCAAUAUACGAAGCUCCAAAAGUUCCGUUCACGCAACGGGAAAUUCCCUACAUUCCAUCGCCGACUCUGGACUCGCGAUACCCGAAUUAUAAUCUCGGCUACUCCGAAGUCAGGAAUUCCGGGUACCCGAACCCGAGUGAAAAUACGGAUUUUCAGCCACCCGUUACACACGGCAGUCCUUUUUCAACCGGGGGUACGGGAAGCGUAACGCAAUUCAAGAAAAACCACGGCGACCUUCAACGACCAGAUUUUGAAGAGGCGAACAGUUUUCCCAGACAAAGCGAAACGAUCGGUCUUCCUCAGGCCGAAUAUUUUCACUCCUCUGAUAACGGGGAAUCAACCGUUGAGGCAAAUCCUUCGAGUCAACCGUCGUCGCCUUCCACGUCUACGUGGCAUUACCACGGUCAACAGCGUUAUCAACACACUGUGAACAACGGAGUACAUCACGUCCGCAUAUCAACGGUAGGAUCGCCCCAAUUCGAAGAGCAAUCGGCGUUGGAAGAUCGUACGAAUACGGAUAAGAAUUUGAAUCAGGUUCCGAACAGCCAAGAUUACUCGCACAAUAAUUAUCAAGCAGCUAAUUCGAACAUUCAAAAUAAUUACGAUCGCAGUCAACAAGAACCGAAGCCAACCGUGAGCGCGAAGGAACCGGCAACGGCACCCCAAAUUUCGGCCAGUUAUAUCCCUGCGUCGGUUUAUGGAUCACCUACAGCAAAAUCCGGCGAUCAGAUAAAGUACAACCUAAAUGGUCAACGGAAUGGUCAUCAAACGGGCGAGGUCAGUUCGUACCUCGACGUCGGCGACAGAUUGGCCAAGAACUUUGACAAUGUACCCGCUUUAAGCCACGACCUUGUACCACCGAAGGAAAGUGGAGCGUCUCUGCAAAGCCCCAUUCCGGUUUAUCCGACCUCAAUAUCAGCGAUUCAAAACCCAAUCGAUUCGCCUCCCGAAGUAUUGAACACCUACGAAACAUUACCGGUCAAAGGAGCGAUCGAUUUUCGCGAGACUCCCGCCGACGAGAGAAAAACGGAAGCGGACGAAGAGAUCGACAAUCGUUUCAUACAGAAUUUGUCAUCGCUAACAUCCUACGGAACGCCGACCAGUUCGUAUUACACGAAUUCUCUAGCUUCGGCGUCUUCGAACGUUCGUAACAUCGCUGUCGCCCCGUCGACUAUUAAGGACAAGGUUAACGACGGGAUCGAAGUUAACGCGAACGCAUUUCGUUCGACCGUCGUAGCGUCGCCCGCGGAACAAACGCCGACGAAAGAAUCCGGCCGUGUAAUCCGCAAGGUUUUGAAACGCAGAACGUCGAUCGAUAGUAACCGUGGCAACCAUCAGUCCAGAAGAUCGACAACUCCGGAAAGACAAGCGCCCACCGAGGAAGUUGCUUCGGAUACAACCUCUUCGAUAAUUAGAAGUGAAAAGGAUUUGAUACCGGAAGUAAGAGGCGGCCAACAGUUUGACGGAACGAAAGUAAUCUCCGGCUACUCCAAAGUGCAGCAUCAAGAUCCACGUCGAGUCGUCGAUGAUGUCGAUGAUGAAGCUGCAGAUAAUUCCGGAAAAGCAACGAAACCGGAGGACGUUUCAACGGAACCCCAACUCGCUAUGUAAGAGCGAGUGUAUAUCCCAAAAACGAAAAACGAAAAAAUCAAAAGUCAAGAAAACGAAAUAGAUAUUUAUAUCAAAACCGGAAGUCAGGAGUGAUUCAUUUAUUGUUUAUAUGUAAAUUAUUAUUAUUAUCAUCAUUAUUGUUAAUAUUAUUAUUAUUAUACUUGGCAUAGCGUGGAAAGUAGUUUUUGCCCCGUUAUAAUUGUGUACGAGGCUAAAACUUCAAAAAUCCACGCUGUAUUUUCUAAUAAAAUAUUCCAAACACGCUGAA